CCCGCGGACUCGGUUUCCCAGCAGCCCCUGCGGCGCCCGUGGCCAAGAUGGCGGCGGGGAGCGGCCCCGGGGCGCGGGAGCUUUUUGCUGAGGGGCUCCUGCAGUUCCUGCGGCCCGCCGUGCGACAGCUCGACCGCCACGUCCACAGCGUCAGGGAGAGCCAGGUGGAGCUGCGGGAGCACAUCGACAGCCUGGCCACAGAGCUUUGCCGCAUCAACGAGGACCAGAAAGUGGCGCUGGACCUCGACCCCUACGUGAAGAAGCUGCUGAACGCCCGGCGCCGCGUGGUGCUGGUCAACAACAUCCUGCAGAACGCCCAGGAGCGGCUGCGGAGGCUGAACCACAGCGUGGCCAAGGAGACGGUGCGGAGGAGAGCCAUGCUGGAGGCCGGGGGCUACCAGGGCAAGUGACCAGCCAGGAGAGCAGGUGACCAGCCAGGGGAGCAGGAAUCCCUGUUUAUCCCAGCUCAGGAAUUGAGGGGAUGUCCCCCAUCACCUGCAGCUGAGGGACCCGGGACACUCCGAGCCGUGUUCCCGGAUUUGUGGGCGCUGGAAUAAAAGUGACUGAGAGUC